CUUUACAUUACAGAAAUAAAAUAUCAAAAUAAACGAAAAAAUCAAAAAUAAUAUUCUCAAAAAUAAAAAAUGUGCAUUACCUUGUCAACCUUCUGCCGUAUGUGCAAUAGUAGGCUGAUCCGCAGUUUUCUACGUCACAAAUCAAGCACGACGAAGACCUCACUCUGGCUGAAGCAAGCUUACAUUGGUGGCGAGUGGUUGGAUGCGACGAGCGGUGCCACAUUCGAAGUACGAAAUCCAGCAAAUAUGAAAGUGAUCGGCUGUGUGCCCAACAUGACUGUAGUCGAAGCGCAAAAGGCGUUAGAUGUCGCCACGAAAGCGUUUUACGCGCCCGAGUGGAGACAGAUUACAGCACGUGAGCGUUCGCAAUUGCUAAAGAAUUGGAACACAUUGAUUUUGCAGCGUGGCACUGACUUAGCUGACAUAAUGACGGCGGAAUGUGGCAAACCAUUGACCGAGUCGCUAGCUGAGGUGGCUUACGGCCAGUCGUUUGUCGAAUGGUUUGCCGAGGAAGCACGACGCAUUGAUGGUCAACUGAUUGCCAGUUCAAUGAGGAAUCAGGAAGUGCUUGUGCUGCGCGAACCACUUGGUGUUGCAGCGCUCAUUACGCCAUGGAACUUUCCUAUGGCGUUGGUCUUACGCAAAGCGGCAGCGGCAUUGGCGGCGGGCUGCACUGUCGUCAUCAAACCCGCUGAAGACACCCCACUUACCUGCUUGGCACUCGCUAAACUUUCCGAAAUAGCCUGUAUACCAGCUGGUGUUUUCAACGUGGUCACCACCAACAAAGCUGCCCCCAUCGGUGAUCUCUUCUGCCGUAGUCCACAAGUGUGCGGUAUCUCUUUUACCGGCUCCACCGAAGUUGGCAAGCAUUUGUUUCGUGAAUCAGCCGGUUUGUUGAAACGUGUCUCGCUAGAACUCGGCGGUAAUGCGCCUUUCAUAGUCUUCGAAUCGGCUGACAUAGUCGAGGCUGUCAAAGGUGCAAUGGUAGCGAAAUUUCGCAAUGCCGGGCAGACUUGUGUCACCGCAAAUCGUUUCUACGUGCAGUCCAGCGUAUACGACAACUUUCUCAAACAGUUACAGGCACAAGUCGAAGCCUUGAAAAUCGGUCCCGGCCACGAACAAGGUGUGCAAAUUGGACCACUUGUUAAUAGAGCGCAACUAAAGCGACUUAAGUCAUUCAUGAAAGACGCGCUCCAACGACAUGCGAAGGUCGUGUGCGGUGGUAAACAUUUGCAAGACAUUGGCGAACUCUUCUAUGCGCCCACCAUCAUUACAGGUGUGGAUCGUACGGCGCGUAUUUACCGUGAAGAAGUCUUUGGCCCCGUUAUUACAUUGACAAAGUUCGACACGGAAGACGAAGUUGUAACCAGAGCAAAUAGUUCACUGCGCGGCUUAUCGGGCUACUUCUUUAGUCGCGACUUGCAGCAAGUAUUCAGAGUGGCACGCCGACUUGAGGUCGGUAUAGUUGGCGUAAAUGUGGGACUGGCUUCGCAGGCGGAGGCGCCCUUCGGUGGUAUCAAGGAAUCGGGUGUUGGGCGUGAGGGUGGGCAUUUUGGCAUCGAAGAGUUCACUGAGAUCAAGUACAUCUGUUUGGGUGGUUUGAAAUAUGAUUGAGUGGAUUGUUAGCACUCAAAUGGAUGUUGAUAACGGAUACGAAGGGGUGAGACUGAAAAGGAAUAAAUAAAUAAAAAAUAUAAAAAAUAAUAAUAAUUGAAUUAAAUGAGAUGAAAAUAAAAAUUAAAUAAAAAUAUAUAAAAAGUAAACCUGAGAGAGACUGCAAUAUGUUGAAUGAGAAUAUCUGUGACGCACUGAAAUAGAUCAUCAAUGGAGAGAAAUUCAUACCCAAGAAGAUGCUGAAAAGGGUAGAAGACACAAAAAAAUAAAAUA